AUAAUAUUAUGGAUGACGAGGAGGAGGGAGGAGGUCCAAGAGGCACCUCCCCCUGGUGGUGCCCACCUGUCUUUGGCCUCUCGGGGGCGACCACCCGACCGCGGCCCCCAGAGGGGUGGUUGACCACCAGGGAACGUGCGAGGCUCGACUUCAUCGACUUCGAGCCCGACGGGCGCUCGUUCUCGCAGCUCGAGGUGAAGCGCAGACCGCUGUCGGAGGACGCGAGGCAGCGCCUCCUGAGAAGCCAGGGGUUCCGCUGCUUCUACUCCCUGCGACCGCUGGGGUCGGAGUUCGGCGUGGACGACUUCAUCCCGUUCUCGCACCGGAGCAUUCAGGAUCACGCCCUGGGCCGGGCGGUGAGCAGCCGGAACCAGGUGGCCCGCUCCCCCGGCGGGGACCUGCCGCUGGCGGACCUGCAGUCGAGCGCCCGCCUGGCCACCGCCUUCCCCGGCUUCGGCGUCACCGUCGGCGGCAGCUGCCUCAGCCCGCGGGCGCAGCCCUGGGACUGCCCCACCGGGCCCGCGGACCGGACGCCCCUUGAGCUCCUCAUGGCCAGGCACCGCUUCGUGCGGCGCGAGCUCCGCGGCAGCGCCUCCUGGCCGCUGCUGCGAUACUACUGCACGAGCAUCGCGGACGCUGCGCCGCCCGUGUCGCCGCGGGAGCCGGAGCCCUGGCGCCUCGCGGUGGAGCAGGCGAUCGCGGACGCAAAGGCCGCGUUGCGCAAGCUGAGCGAGGCGGAGGAGGCGCUCGGAGAGGCCGGCCUCGUGAGCGACAUGGCGGACUUCGUGGACCCGUCGUACGAUGAGCUGCUAAAGAGCGUGGACCAGAUCCUUGCGCCGGUUCGCAAAUCCAGCAUGGUGUCGGACGACUUCGAGGUGCGGUGGGACACCCUGGAGUCGAAGCUGUACGUCCAGGUGUACACCCGCCAGGGGCGCCCGAAAGACAGGAUCGACGUCCAGUCGCCCCGGGUGCGGGAGGCGGACCCCCAGGCGGCGCCUAGGCCCAUCCUCGAGCGGAACUGACCGCGAGCGGCUACGCCCUCACGCGCCGCCGCGAUCUCCACCGCCGCCGCCGCCGCCGCCGCCGCCGCCGCCGCCGCCGCCGCCGUCGUCGUCGUCGUCGUCGUCGU